GUUGGAAGUCAGGGGCUGGAAUGCUGUCAACAUCACAAAUGUAGGAGACUAAGCUGAGAUCCAGCACAUGGAACAUCAGAGCUGGUCCAGGCAUUCUCUGUAAACAACGAAAAUCUGCCUGUUCAGAUAAGAGAGGGGACAGAUCCUGAGAUGAGCAUGUCAGUCGGUGGCUACUUCUCCGCAUCAGACACGUUUGACAUCACCGUUCCGCCACAGUACUAUGCAGAUGUUCUUGUGGAUCCACUGAGCUGCUCCUACCAGGAUCCAGAUAUACAAAGUCCUCUCUAUGGCCAGCAUCCAUUUAGCUCUGUCAAUGUACAAUUCUCGACAUAUGGCGUGCCAAACGCUCAACCGUGUAACCAACCCUAUCCCUAUGGACACCAAUGCUCGGAGUACAUCUGUGAGCCAAACUUGGAGGUCCAAAGCCCAGCAAGGGGAAGCGUUGUUGGUCUCCCCCUGAUUAAGAGGCCCAGGAUGGGCCAUGGAGCUCGCGUGAAGGGUCAGGACGAGCUCUGUUUGGUGUGUGGUGAUAAGGCUUCAGGAUAUCACUACAAUGCCCUCACAUGUGAGGGCUGCAAAGGUUUCUUCCGAAGAAGCGUCACUAAAAAGGCUGUGUACCACUGCAAGAGUGGCGGAAGCUGCGAGAUGGAUAUGUACAUGCGGAGAAAGUGUCAGUAUUGCAGACUCCGCAAAUGCAGAUCCGUCGGGAUGCUGGCAGAGUGCCUGCUUACGGAAGUGCAAUGCCAAUCAAAGAGACUGAGGAAGGGCUCUAAACACAGAGGACGCAAUAGGUUAGCAGGGAGAACGGAGGAAGACGACUGUUCUGAAAACAGAAGCAUCUCAUCUACAAGCAGAUUUACUUCAAUGGUAUCAUCAGGUCUCUCCAGAGAGCAGAGAUGCAUUCUGAAUAAAAUUGUGGAGUCUUAUCGUAGGUACAUAGUUCAAGACAACCUGCACUGCCGGGUGUCAUUGUGGGCAAGUUUAACAAACAGUGCAGAACUGACCCCUCCUCAGACAGAGAAGCUUUUGCAGUUUUCGAGGAGUGUACCUGGCUUUGAGCUUUUGGAAAGGUCUGACCAGAACACUCUGCUGUCCAGUUCUUCAGUGGAAGUCAUGUUCCUGCUUUUAGCUCAAAGGUUCUCAGAGAAACCCACUAGUGUUAGCACCGAUUUGUACCCUGCAAGUUUGUAUAACUCAAGUCCAGACUGGGUGAAAACGUUAGAGUCCAAGGCUGGGAACAACCACAGGAUAAUGACACACUCAGGGAUGAACGAUGAGCUCCUGGGAUCUGUCGUAAAUUUCCUCCACACUAUGUUUGUCAUAGCAGUAACCGAGGCUGAAUAUGCACUUCUAACAGCGACUACAGUGUUAUGUUCAGACAGGCCAUCCCUGCGUGCUGUGAGUUGUGUGGAGAACUUACAGGAGUUUGUUUUGGAGCUCUUGUCCAGAGUAUGCUGCUGUAGUCAGGGGGCAGUGCAAAACUCACGACGCUUCGCCCGGCUCCUGGGACGACUGACCGAGCUGAGAACACUGCAACACAACCACCUCACCCUUCUCCCACAGCAGCCCUGGGACAUGCAGUCCUGAGACAGCCUUCAGGGAGAGAUUUAUCAUGUUUCAUCUGUUGCAAUACACUUUUUAUUUUGUCCCAACACAAAAAUGCAGGUCAAUGUACUUUUGGCGACCCAUGUGCAAACACAGUUUACUGUAAAAUCAUAAGAAUACAUUUUUAAGCCUGAUCCUUGCAGAAAAAUCCACCUUAAGCUGGUCAAAAAUUUUGGAACACGGUAGCUAGUUUCCAUAAGACCACAAACGAGACAGCUACACUGGCGGUUUUCAACUGAAUUUUCUCAUUCAAAACUGAAACCGUUAAACAAGCUUUGAAUACUUACUGAGAUACAGAGUAACGGUCUUUAUGCUAGAUAGAUUCGAUUUUUAACCAGCCAUAUAAAGAAUUAUCAAGACCCUUGUCAAAAUCUGAAAAGAUAAACCUCUUAAACCCACACAGAAGACUAUAAAAACUGAGAAAGCAAAUGAGCUCUCUUUUGUAAGACAUUCUAUAAAGCAAUCCAUUGAAAUUCAUUACAGUUUUAUUAUACUAUACAUGUAAUGACCUUCAAGUUAUUCAACAUAUGAAAAGUUAAUUCUUGAAUUUGUUUCCUGAUAAGCUAAAUAAGUUGAAGGAUGUCAUGUUCCCUUAACUGUACACCAAAUUAAAAGGGUUUACUUUGCAUUUGCCUUGUAAAUUCAAACGCUACACAUAUUGAAGAGUCUCCACUCACGACAAACUGAAUGCUGCACCCAAAGGCUUUAAAACGUAUUAUUGAGCACCUCUGUGAGGUGGUAUGUAACAAGUAAAACUUUGGUAAAGCACAUUUGGAUUAAGCUGGGAGUCAUUACUUUAUGACAGGGGUCUCCAACCAUUUUCAGGCCAAGGCCCCCUUGGUGGGUAGAGAUACGGAGACGGGACCCCCGUUACAUAUAUAAAAUUGUGUUGCAUUUUAUGCCUUUAAAAAUGUGUAUGGUAGGCUACCAUAUUAUUGUAUGUACAUACUUCAUUGUGUUUAUACAUUGAAAUAAAACAACUUUUAUAA